GUUCUAGUCCACUUGGAUCUGUUUUAACUCUCUCUCACAGUCAUAUUUCCAUCAUAAGUCCAUGCCUUAGUCUAUUUUAUUGCUGGCUCUGGAGACAUAAUCUCCAUCACUCACCAGGCAGAGAAGAAAUGAUGGAUCGUUACUCCUUCAUCAUGCAUCAGCAUAGAGAUGACACAGUCUGGUGUCCAAGCAAAAUAGAAGAGCAAAAUAUAACCCGUAUCUCAGAAUUCCACCUCAUGGGACUCUCAGAUGACCUGCAGCUUCAGCCUAUACUCUUUGGACUGUUCCUGUCCAUGUACCUGGUCACGCUGCUUGGGAACCUGCUCAUCAUUCUGACAGUCAGCUCUGAUUCCCACCUCCACAGUCCAAUGUACUUUUUCCUCUCUAACUUAUCCUUGGCUGAUGUCAGUUUCACUUCCACCACACUACCAAAGAUGAUAGUGGACAUUCAGACUCACAACAGAGCCAUCUCCUAUUCAGGAUGCCUGACUCAGAUGUCCUUUUUCAUGCUGUUUGGGUGUUUGGAUAGUCUGCUUCUAACUGCAAUGGCUUAUGAUAGGUUUGUGGCCAUCUGUCAUCCUUUGCACUACCAGUUCAUUAUGAACCCUCGUCUUUGUGGCUUGUUGGUUUUUCUAUCUGUUCUAAUCAGUCUUUUUGUCUCUCAGCUGCAUAAUUCAGUAGUAUUACAACUUACCUACUUCAAGAGUGUGGAUAUUUCCCAUUUCUUCUGUGAUCCGUCUCAACUUCUCAACCUUGCCUGUUCUGAUACCUUUACCAAUAACAUAGUCAUGUAUUUUGUUGGUGCCAUCUCUGGUUUUCUCCCUAUCUCUGGAAUUUUUUUCUCUUAUUAUAAAAUUGUUUCCUCCAUUCUUAGAAUGCCAUCACCUGGUGGGAAAUAUAAAGCCUUCUCUACCUGUGGCUCUCACCUGUCAGUUGUUUGCUUAUUUUAUGGAACUGGUCUUGGGGUAUACCUCAGUUCAGCUGUGUCCUUGUCUCCCAGGAAGGGUGCAGUAGCAUCAAUAGUGUACACUGUUGUCACCCCUAUGCUCAACCCCUUUAUCUACAGCUUAAGAAACCAGGACAUAAAGAGGGCCAUGUGGCGGCUCCUCAGAAAAACAGUCUAAUUUCAGUACCGGUGCCAUUUAUUCUGUUUCCUUUGUAUAUUUUACUCACAAAAUUAUUAUUAGUAUUUUUUUCUGAGACAGGGUUUCUCUGUAUAGCCCUGGCUGUCCUGGAACUUACUUUGUAGAACAGGCUGGAUCAGAAAUCCACCUGUCUCUGUCUCCCGAGUGCUGGGAUUAAAGGCGUGCACCACCAAGCCCAGCUCACAAAAUUCUUAAUUCUUAUAAUACCUAUGGAAUCUUCAUCUGUUUAAUAUUGCAUUAACAACAAUACAAUUGAAGGGAGGAAGGAAGUAAAUUCCACCUCAUGGGACUCUCAGAUGAUCUACAGCUUCAACCCAUGCUCUUUGUACUGUUCCUGUUUGUGUACCUGGCCAUGAUACUUGGGAAACUGCUCAUUGUCCUGGACUUCCUUUCCUCUUCCUUCUUUCCUUCCAUAUCACAGGGAAAUUCUAUAACAAGCCUCUUGCCACACUUAGUGGGCACUGAACACUAGGGAAUAUGUGGUUAGUAAAAGGGAACAGAAUUCUGGAUGAAGUAUAUGUGAAAUAUAAAUUUCUCUCAUAGAUACAAAAUGACACUUCUUUACCUUUCCUUAUGUGUAUCUUCAGACAUGCUCUACAAGUGUUUGCUUUCCUUUGUUUGGUGUGUGAUCCCUGGAAGGUUGAUCAUGUGAUAGACAACUCCAUUUCCAGGCACAUAUAGGCAGUGCUAUUGGUCACAGUUAUAAAAGAAUACAAGAAAUAUAGAGGGAGUGGGAGGUAAUCUGGGAGGAGUUUAAUGUGUCAUUCAGAGUGAAUGUGACUGUAUGCAGUUAUGAAAUUCUCCAAGAACAAAAUAAAAACAUUAUAUAUUAUGAAUUUGAUUUUAUGCAGGCUUUCUAUGAGGAUGUAGAUUAUUGGUAGUCAAGCCUGUAUUUAUAAAGUUGCUCAAGUCUUUAUAAAAAUUACUGAUGCCUGUGGAGCUUUUGCAAAGGAUCUGAUUUAUAGCACCCAUAUAGUGACUUACUGUUUGUAACUUCAGGUCUAUUGGACACUGUGAUGUCUUCUGGCCUCUCUGGACACUGCAUUCAUCUGUCAUAAUUAUGUACAUGGAAGAAACAUUCGUAACCCAUAAAAAAUAUAAUCGAGACAUUUAAAAGUACUGAUGCCUGUGUUUUCUAUUCAGAGCUUUUGAUUUGCUGAAGUGGUAUUUGGCUGAACACAAAAUUUUAAAGUCACCUAAGAUUGUUAGUGAAAACUGCUUAUGUAUUUAUAGUAGCUUCCUUGCAUAGAAUGAAAAGUUUAUUGCUGGUUUCAGGAUUUUCUUUGACAUUGACACUAAUUGUGAGCUUAGAUUUACUAUUGAUGUACUUUAUCAAGUUUUAAAAAUAAUAUGACUAAUUUGUUCUUCAAAUUUGGGAAGUUAUAUAUUUUAGUUUAAAAAACUGUCUGCCUCUAUGCCCCUUCUGGAAUUUCCCUAAUGUAAACAUGUCAGAUUUAUGAUACCACAUAAGACCAUUAGUGCAUUUCUGUCUGUUUUUCUUCAUUCUCUCUCAUUUGCUUUAUUAAUUCAAUACUUUCAAAUAAUCUGUACUUAAGGUCAUUGUUUUUACUUUCUGCUUGAUAGAAUCAACUAUGAACACCCUACUGACAAUUUCAAGUGAGUUAUUGUGUUUCUCAACAUUAGAAGUGUUGCAUUCUAAUAACAUAUAUGUGGUUAUACCAUUCUCAUUUUGUUUAUGAAUCAGUUUUCUAACUUUUGACUUUGUGGAACUUCUAUUUAUUAACCACCCUCACCUGUUUAAAUUUGAUUUUGAAUAAACCAUAGACCAUGGUUUUAAAAAGGAAAA